GGAGCCUUGCGUUGGGAACGGCGCAGGCUCCAUACGCAUGCGCGGUCUGUCCUUGGCAGCCAACAUGGCGCCGGUGGAGCACGUUGUGGCUGACGCUGGAGCUUUCUUGAGGGACGCGCCUCUACAGGACAUCGGAAAAAACAUCUACACCAUCCGGGAGGUGGUGAGAGAGAUUCGCGACAAGGCCACGCGUAGGCGGCUGGCAGUGCUACCCUACCAGCUUCGGUUCAAGGAGCCCUUCCCGGAGUACGUGCGGCUGGUAACUGAGUUUUCCAAGAAAACUGGGGACUACCCCAGCCUCUCUGCUACAGAUAUCCAGGUGCUGGCUCUGACUUACCAGCUGGAGGCAGAAUUUGUCGGGGUAUCUCAUCUAAAAAAAGAACCAGAGAAGGUUAAAGUGAGCUCUUCAAUUCAGCACCCUGAAACUCCUCUGCACAUUUCUGGUUUCCAUCUGCCCUCCAAGUCUAAACCCUUACAAGAUACGGUGGAUCGGGGCCAGCCAGCUGAUGGGCCUGAGAACCUGGAGUUCAGCUCCUUCAUGUUCUGGAGGAACCCUCUGCCUAACAUUGACCAUGAACUGCAGGAGCUACUGAUUGAUGGAAGGGAGGAGGAGGAGGAGGAAGAGGAAGAGGAAGACGAAUGUGAAGACAGUGAUGAUGAUGGAGGUGGGUGGAUAACCCCCAGCAACAUCAAGGAGAUCCAGCAGGAGUUGGAGCAGUGUGACAUCCCAAAGGAUGUGCAAGUUGGCUGUGUGACCACAGACUUUGCCAUGCAGAAUGUUCUACUUCAGAUGGGGCUGCACGUGCUGGCAGUGAACGGCAUGUUGGUCCGAGAGGCCCGGAGCUACAUCCUGCGCUGUCAUGGCUGUUUCAAGACGACAUCGGACAUGAACCGAGUGUUCUGUGGGCAUUGUGGGAACAAGACCCUGAAGAAAGUGUCUGUGACUAUCAAUGACGAUGGUACCUUGCACAUGCAUUUCUCCAGAAACCCAAAAGUUCUGAACCCACGAGGCCUUCGGUACUCGCUACCCACUCCAAAAGGGGGCAAAUAUGCCAUCAACCCCCAUCUGACCGAGGAUCAGCGCUUCCCCCAACUGCGGCUCUCCCACAAGGCCAGGCAGAAGACCAACGUGUUUGCUCCUGACUACAUAGCUGGGGUUUCUCCCUUUGCAGAAAAUGACAUCUCCAGCCGCUCAGCCAUCCUGCAAGUCCGGGACAGCAUGUUGGGAGCUGGGAGGAGACGCUUAAAUCCCAAUGCUUCCAGAAAGAAGUUUGUAAAGAAAAGAUGACAUUGCAAACCCUGCAGGCAAAGCAGACUGCGGCUAGCUGCUGAGGAGGCUGUCCAGACAUAAGCCGUAGGCCUGGCUCCCCCAUCUGCGGCUGCUGCUGAGGAGGCCAUGGUGUCCUGUGACCUACCCUGCAGACCAUCCAGACAUAAGCCGUAGGCCUGGCUCCCCCAUCUGCGGCUGCUGCUGAGGAGGCUGUGGUGUCACCUACCCUGCACACCAUCCAGACACCCGCUGAGGCUCUUGUGUGGCGUUGCAGCCCAGGUGACUGCCCUGCCUGUGAACAUGCAGAGGCAGGACUUCACCAUGGGCAGGGAGCUUGAACCAGAAAGAACCCGCCCUGGAACGAAUGUUGAGCCUUGAAGUUCAAAGGAAGAAAUAACCAAAUGGUAAUCUUUUUCUAAUAAACUUGAUGGCCUGCUCCCCUGUGUUUAAGCUCUGAUAUCCUUGGUGGACAUGGACACUAAGAAUCAACUAUAUAGUUGAUUUUCUUUGCCAGAAAUGAUAAAUAUUCUACAAUAAAACUUUACAUUUGUAA